AUGGCCAGCAGCUCCAGCCGCGUGCCCUACCGGCGCACCACCUCUUACAUGCUCUACGGCAGGAAGGCGUCUUGCAUUAUCAUAUCGUCCGAGCACGCCGCACACGGCGCCGACGACCGCUGUGCGUCGACACCCGUCGGCAUCGACGAGCGCGCUGACCCGGAGCGGCCGGCGGUGCCGAGCCGCAGACACAGGCACAUGCUCAGUCUGGCGGGACGCGAGCGGCACGCGCGCCUCAAACUGAAGAAGUAUCGUAACACGAGCCUGGCGCGAAACGGCCGGCUGGAACACUUCGGAUACUGUUCGUCAAGUGCGCACACCAAUUUUGACGGGGAGGAUGAGCCGGUACCGACUGCUCCCCCGCUGGACAUUCUCGACUCCGUGCCCGGAUAUGAGUCGUUGGGGUUCGACGCUGUGUGCGUGCCGCCGCCGCCGCCCGAGGCCACCUGGUCGGAGCCGAGCGGGCCGCCACCACGUGACCCGGUGCACGUGGGCGGCGAGCUGAGCGAGCAGCAGGCGCGCGCCGCGCUGCUCUGUCACGUGACCGACCACUGCUGCUACGGCCGCGGCGCGGCGCGACACAUGAACAUCGCCAAAAUCAACUACAGCUCGGCCCACCACUACGAGCUGCAGACGUUCACCGAGAAGCGUGAGACGUCGUGGACGUUCGUGCCGUACUCUGGCGGCGAGGUGGACAGCCCCAGCUGCGGAGAGGCGCCCGAGCCGUGGAGCGUGCCUGCCGAGCCCGCCCAGUUGUUCCAUGACGAGGUGAAGGUCAUGGAAGUACCUCACACCGCCUCGGCCAAGGACUGUCAUCGGUGCAAGGGCCAGGGCAGCCUCAGCUGUGCAGAAUGCCACGGGAAAGGAUGGACUCGCUGCCUCAGUUGUCAUGGCAACGGCUGGAGUGCGGAUAGUUCCGGCUACCGGGAGCGGUGCUACUACUGCCAGGCGUCCGCCUAUGGCGACGGAAAGCAGGACUGCCUCAAAUGCAACGCUAAGGGCCGCGUCGCGUGCCCACCGUGCGACAGCUACGGCCAAGUGCGGUGCUACAUUCGACUCACCAUCUCGUGGAAGGUGACCACCUCGGAGCACAUCGUGGAGCACAGCUCGCUGCCCGAGGAGCUGAUCCGCGAGGUGAGCGGCCAGGUGGCCGUCGAGGAGGAGGCGGCCGCCGUGGCGCCGCUCACCCACUACCCGGACGCGGCCAUCAACCUGGCCUCGGCCCAGCUGAUCCUGGAGCACCAGCAGAAGCUGUGCGAGCAGCGGGUGCUGGCGCAGCGACAUCAAGUUCGCGUGGUUCCAGUGGCCGAGGUCAACUACACGCACAAGUCCCACUCUGGCCGGUUCUGGGUGUACGGCUACGAGAACAAGGUGCACGCCCCCGACUACCCGGAUAGGCACUGCUGGGGAUGCUGCUCCCUGCUGUGACGGCUCCCGCGCGCCUGGCGCAGUGCCUUGCAACUGUGGACGUCUUUUAUGUGUUUAUGUUCUGUGCUCUUUGUGUGUGAAGUAAUUUGCAUGUAUUGUGAGCGGACUGCAGGGCGGAACACUGACAGUUUGACUUCCCCAACUGCUACGGACCGCCGAACACUGAAGUGCAAGUGAGUUGUGCUGACAUGAGGGCUGCGGCGCCUUCCAACUGUGACAGAGGGCCUUCAUCAGAGGUGGCAGUGCGGCCCGUCUAGAAACGGUUGAGUCAACUUUGGUCAUUUGUCAGCACUCUAGUCCGCGCGCACUUUUGACAGCUCAGUACCGUUGAUCUGCUGGUGGCUUAGUGCUCACGACUGGACGGUAUGGAUCUGUUCUUGUUUAUAAGCGCUUCAGAGCCGUAUCGCGCUAUUUUUCUUUCGCCAUUAUUAUCGACUUGCAUUGGUCUGAUAUAUCGACUUGUACAUUAGACAAAGGUACGGUGUCUCAACGCGUGUGGUGGUGGAUUUGCAGUUAGUGACAUCCGCAGUGCGACUUUGUCCGAAACUGUUCAGUCAGUGGUUUGUGACCGCGGCCUUCGCUCGGAAAGUGAUCAAUCAUAUUCUUGCUAUUCGCCUAUCCCCCCCUCUCUCUCUCUCUCUCUCUCUCUCUCUCUCUCUCUCUCUCUCUCUCUCUCUCUCUCUCUCUCUCUCUCUCUCUCGAACUGCCAGACUUUCACAAACCAUGUUGAUUGUGACGCGCAGGAUAGCCGAUGCUGCUGGUUUUCUGUGGUGACCAUAAAGUACCUCGGCGCAUGCGAUUGCCCAUGAAUUAUGUUGGUGUAUUCCGUUUGUUUUGAUGUAUAUCAAGAUGUACUGUCCCGAAACAUAUUCUGGACUCUCAAACCAGUUUGUGGUACCAAUGUGACGUGUGCAAAUGUGUCAAGUUGAAACAAAUCACAAAAUAACAGGACCCGU